AUGUUUAUUUCCAUAACUCUUCUCACGGCUCUUCUAACCGCUUGGGCUGACGCAUCGCCCACCCACGAAGCUUUACACGGCUCCGCCAUUUUAGUUCCUAGGGCUAAUAAAAUCUUGAUCGGUUAUCGAGUGGUUAGUGCGGAAGAAGCAGCCGGUAUCAAUUACAGAGGAUUUCUGUACUGGGAUGCAUCCAAGCCCCAUACAACCGGCGCAGGACAAUUUGGUGUCGAUUGCUACGUUCUGGCUGACGAAGACUCGUUUAUGGAGGCCCCCAAAGCCAUACUCCGUGAACCUGCACGCGAGACUCCUUGGUCGGAGGCGGCAACUGUCGCCACCAUUCAAACCAUCCCAGCACUCGCAGACGAGGACCCAAGCGAGGUAUUGCCUGUGUUGGGAGGUCCAACCAAGACUGCCGGUCCAGGGCCGCUGGGCUUGGAAGCAAAGUGCUAUGAUACUCUGGCUAAGAUGCUUGCUGCCCUCAAGAGAAAGGGUUACGGCGACAACCCCUCGGUGGGCUUCAAGCAAUUCGGCGCACAUGCCGCACCGAAAAACAAGCGUGAUCUGGAGAGCCGGGAGGUUUUGGCACUCUUGAACCCGCGUGGUGGGGAUAAAACAAAGGGGAAAAAGGAGAAAACUAAGGAGAAGAAUGAGAAGACCAAGGAAAAGACCGGCAAAACAAACAAGACUGAUAAGACCGACACGACUGACAAGACCGACAAGACUGAUAAGACUGACAGGACUGGUAAAACUGAUAAAACCGACAAGACUGAUAAGACCGACAAGACUGGUAAAACCGACAAAACCGACAAGUCUGGUAAAGGCGAUGCCGCCUUGGGAGAGGAGUGUAGACUCCAUUGA